AUGAAGUUGUACAAUGGGACUGACGACCCUGAGGACUAUGUGGCCCAUUAUAAAUUAAAGAUGGGUGCAAUCGCCAUACCAUAUAGGAUGCAUGAGACGUGCAUGUGCAAAGGCUUUGGAUCAACUCUCACUGGUCCUGCUUUUCUUUGGUACAUCAACUUACCCAACGGCAGUAUCGCUUCCUUUGAGAAGCUAAUCAAGACGUUUAUGAUGCAGUUCUCAAGCAAUCGAAAAAUCCAUAAGUGUUCUGAUGACUUAUAUCUACUGCCACAGCGAGUGGGAGAAUCUCUCCGUGAUUUCUUGGCUAGGUUCAAUAUGGAGAAGGAUGCGAGGAGAAAACCAUCUAAUCCUCCUAAAGAAGAUAAGCGCCUUAAGAAGGAGCAAUCCACCGCUGGUGAGCCUAGCAAUAACUGGAGCUCCCACAAGUCGGGACCAUCAGAUUAUGCAAAGAAUUGCCCGGAGUAUCCUCUUCGGAUACAUCAGGUCGAGGAUGUGCAAGUCUUGAAGAAGAUAGGCAAUGAGGUGAAGUGGCCGCCCAAGAAAGAAACUGAAGGGUGGAAAGACCCUAAGAAGUGGUGCGAUUUUCAUCAAGAUAUUGGGCACACCACUUCUGACUACAGAGGCCUCAGGUAUGAGGUGGAUUACCUGUUGAAAAAAGGUAAUCUGAGGGAGUUACUAUCCGAACGAGGUAGGGCCAUCUGGGAAAAAAGGAAAGUUAAUGACCCAGAAGCGUUACCGCCGCCACCAUUGGCCACUCAAACUUACUGUGUAAUCUCUAGCGGGUCAGAGAUUAGUGGACUUUCUCAUACCUCUGCUAAGAAGCAUGAGAAGGAAGCAGCAAACCCAGCUGCUAAAAUGGCACGGUCUAUAGGGACUUUCACUAACCAAGUGAUGGUCUUUGCUGAUGACGAGGCCAUCCAGCUCCUACAUUCACACCAUGAUGCUUUGGUGCUUACGCUUCAGGUUGCAAACAUUAAUCUGAAGCGAAUCUUGAUUGAUAACUGA